UGAUUAAAGUGCCAGUUCCUAUUCGACAUGCGACUCCUAAUCACAUGCAUUUUGCCCAUCCUUGGGCUGGACUACAGCGCAUCCAUGUGGAUAAAAAAGUACUCGGAGAACUACCACCGACCCACUUACUACAAUCGGGCCCACAGAAGCAAGGACCACGUGGAUUACAAUCGCGAAGCUCUCGAGGAACGGGACAAACCGAAACCGGUGGAGGUCCACAAACGACUUCCCUUCGAUGCGACGAGGGACUUGUCCUACUACGUGAACGUGCUGAACGAGGGAUCCGUCAUCUGUGCUGGUGCGCUGAUCUCCCGCAGGAUGGUCAUGACCUCAACGCACUGCUUCCCGCCGCGGAGAUACGAUGUCAUAUAUGAGUACACGGCCCAACAUCUGUCCAUACUGACUGGCAUGGAAUUCGCCAAAAAUCCGGAUCCGCAUAAAGUAAUCGGAUUUUUCAUGCCGGUUAAUAAGAAGGAACGGGAUACCAACCACGUCGCUCUGCUCGCCCUCUCAAAUAAGCUCGACCGUGACCAUUACCGAUACAUUCCCCUGCAUCGCAAGAGGCCACAGGAGGGGGAUGACGUACAGAUGGCCUACUACGGUCCACCCAAGUACCAGAUCAGAUUGUACAACACGCGGGUUCUGGGCUACGACCGCUGCAGAAUCUAUUACAGUCUAAAGGAGGUAUUCCAUAUUUCCACCAUUGAGCCGGACUUUAUCUGCGUGCGGAACAAGCGGCACUCAAAGAAGACCACCUGCAGCACUCGGCCCGGGGAUCCCUUAUUGGUUGACAACAAACUGGCGGCCAUCAAUAUAUACGGAGAGCACUGCGACGAGGACGACGACUCCACCAACAUGGACAUAUACCUACCCAUUAGGACGGUCAUACCCUUCAUCCAGACGGCCACGGAUGCACUGAGAGCAUUCACCGGAUCGGGUCCAUACAAUGAAUCGCACGGAGGCACAUUGUCACCCCUGCUUGAGUCCUUGGUGAAAAGGUCGCCCAAUGUUUAUGUUGGCGGCCCUCUACCGGAAUUAGCUUUUGAUGAUCCUCUUAAUGGGGGAAUAGAUCGUGAGCCCGAGAAUUCCAUAGAGAAACAUAUUGCAGCCGUGCUUGAUUAUUAUUAGUUCCUUUCAGAAGCAAUGCUAUGGUUUAUUAAAGACACGUUCUAUUUUAA